AAAACUCUCCGCCCACGCGAGCACUCUCACCUCACCGCCGCACCGAGGACCCAAAGUACGACACGUGCAUCCUUCGAGCCGCCGAGCGAGCCAUUUCCGACCACCGUCUAGAGCAGAGUAGAGAGAUCUCAGGGACAGUUCGAUCGAAGAUGUAUCUCCGGCCGCCGCCCAAGGGCCCCCAGUGGGGCGGCCCGGCAGACACGGAGGCGGGGUUUGAGGCCCGGCCACUCUACCCGAUGAUGCUGGAGAGCCCGCAGCUGCGUUGGGCGUUCGUCCGCAAGGUGUACACCAUCCUCUCCAUCCAGAUGCUGCUCACCAUCGCCGUCGCGUCCGUCGUCGUCUUCGUGCGCCCCGUCGCGCUCUUCUUCGUCUCCUCCCCCGGCGGCUUCGGCCUCUACAUCUUCCUCAUCAUCCUCCCGUUCAUCGUGCUGUGUCCUCUGUACUACUACUACCAGCGCCACCCGGUGAACCUGCUGCUGCUGGGCCUCUUCACGGUGGCCAUCAGCUUCGCCGUGGGGCUCACCUGCGCCUUCACCAAGGGGGAGGUGAUCCUGGAGUCGGCCAUCCUCACGGCGGUGGUGGUGGUCAGCCUCACGGCGUACACGUUCUGGGCGGCCAGGCGCGGCCACGACUUCAACUUCCUCGGCCCCUUCCUCUUCGCCGCCAUCAUGAUCCUCAUGGUCUUCGCGCUCAUCCAGCUCUUCUUCCCGCUCGGCCGCAUCUCCCUCAUGGUCUACGGCGGCCUGGCGGCGCUCAUCUUCUGCGGCUACAUCAUUUACGACACCGACAACCUCAUCAAGCGCUACUCCUACGACGAGUACGUCUGGGCGGCGGUCGCGCUCUACCUCGACGUCAUCAACCUCUUCCUCUCCCUCCUCACGCUAUUCAGGGCGGCCGAUUCCUGAAGUGUCCUGCGGUCCUGCUUAGCGUAGACAUCUACCUUUCCCUGCCAUUGCGAUGUGCUUUGCUUGUGUUCGUGCCGCUGCUGCCACUGAUCUUGUAAAUUAAUAUAUUAAUUUUUGACUUGCUUUACAUAGUUUGCUAUAUGUAAUUUGUGCUUUGCCAAGAUUGUUGGAUGAAAUGAAAUCGAGCUGGCUCUCUGUUCUA